CUCACGACAGAAGGCAGCAUCCGCAGCACAGCCAGCUACCCGUCGCUCGUCUGCAAUCAUGGCUGCUAUCAACAAGAUCGCCAUCAACUCGCCGUCGAGGCAGAACCCCUCCGAGCUGGAGACCGCGAUCGCCGGUGCUCUCUUCGACCUCGAGAGCAACACACAGGACCUGAAGGCCACCCUCAGGCCCCUGCAGUUUGUCUCUGCCCGUGAGGUCGAGGUCGGCCACGGCAAGAAGGCAGUCAUCAUCUUCGUCCCUGUCCCUCUCCUCCAGGGCUUCCACAAGAUCCAGCAGCGUCUGACCCGUGAGCUCGAGAAGAAGUUCUCCGACCGCCACGUCCUCUUCGUUGCUCAGCGCCGCAUCCUGCCCCGCCCCAAGCGCUCCGCCAACUCCCGUUCCAACCAGAAGCAGAAGCGUCCUCGUUCCCGCACCCUGACUGCUGUCCACGACGCCAUCCUCACCGACCUCGUCUACCCCGUCGAGAUCGUCGGCAAGCGUACCCGCACCAAGGAGGACGGCUCCAAGACCCUCAAGGUCAUCCUGGACGAGAAGGAGCGUGGUGGUGUUGACCACCGCCUGGAUGCCUACGGCGAGGUCUACCGUCGGUUGACUGGCCGUGCUGUUGUCUUUGAAUUCCCCCAGGGUGGUGCCGACUACUAGAUCAAUUUUUUAUUUUUUUUUGUUGACAGUGACAAAUGUGACAAGACAAGACAAAAUUUGAUUUGACCUGAUUUUUCACCCUUCCCACCUUACUCUUUUCAAUUUUCUUCACCAUGGCCCGGGAC